UUCGCUUCUGAUCAUGAACGCUGUCACAUCUGGAAGGACCACAAUGAGCCACAUCCAACGGUCAGGUGCCACAAAGCCUGGAAAGGCUAGUGCUGGAGAUUUUUGUGGAGCUAAGGGCUUCAGUAGUUGUUCAACUGGUGGAGGGUAUGGAAAAGCCAACUAUUCUUCUUCUUCUCUGAUACGAUCAGGAGGGCCUGGAAGUUACUCUGUGCGCCUUGGUGCUGGAAGAAGUAACUAUGGCACAAGCAGUCUCUACUGCUCAGGAGGAAGCAAAAGAAUUUCCAUAGCCACUGGCACCAAUGGGGGAAUAAGCACAGUGGGCAAAGGAUUAAGCUUCAGUGGUGAAAGGUUUCCUCUCUGUCCACGUGGAGGUAUCCAAAAUGUUACCGUCAACCAAAUCCUCCUUCAGCCAGUAAAAGCUGAUAUUGAUCCAAACUUCCAGAAAGUCAGAAUACAAGAAAGAGAGCAGAUCAAAACUCUCAACAACAAAUUUGCAAGCUUCAUAGACAAGGUCAGAUUCCUUGAACAGCAAAAUAAAAUCCUGGAAACAAAAUGGAAGUUUAUGCAAGAACAAAGUAAAAAACUUGCCAACAUGAAAGAUAACAUCAAACCAUUAUUUGAAGUAUACAUUAGCUGCCUUCAAAGACAAUUGGAUACCACCAAGAAUGAAAAAUGUCGUCUUGAAGGAGAUUUGAAGAACAUGCAGGAUGUUGUAGAAGAUUUUAAGGCUAAAUAUGAAGAAGAGAUUAACAAGCGUGCCAAUGCUGAAAAUGAAUUUGUAUCUUUGAAAAAGGAUGUUGAUUCCCUAUACAUGCAAAAGACUGAUCUGGAUGGCAAGCAAGAUGCAUUAGUGGAUGAGCUCAAUUUCCUGAAGACAUUGUUUGAUGCGGAAGUGGCUGAAAUGCAAGCACGAAUUUCUAACACCAAUGUUAUCUUGACUAUGGACAACAACCGCGACCUUGAUUUGGAUGGAGUUGUUGCUGAGGCUAAAGCUCAGUAUGAGGAGAUUGCAGCCAGGAGCAGAGCAGAAGCUGAAUCCAACUAUGCUAGACAAUUCCAGCAGCUCAAAGACACAUUGGGACAACAUGGGGAUAAUCUGCACGAUCAUAGGAAUGAGAUUCAGGAACUGAACGGCAUGAUUAGGAGACUGCAUGGAGAAAUCGACUGUGUAAAGAAACAGAUUUGUGCACUAGAGACAGCAAUUUCUGAUGCUGAAGGGCGAGGGGAGGUUGCUCUGAAAGAUGCCAAAGCGAAAUUAUCUGAACUGGAAGCUGCUCUACAGAAAGCCAAAGAAGAUCUUGCAGUUCAGCUACGCAACUACCAGGAACUCCUUAAUGUGAAAAUGGCCUUGGAUCUUGAGAUUGCCACCUACAGGAAACUUCUGGAGGGAGAAGAAUGCAGGAUUCAUGGAGAAGUUGACAACAACGUUACAAUGUCUGUCUAUAGCAGUGCCGGGAAGGUUGCCAUUCCUAGUUUGAGUUGUGUUGCAGGAUCCUGCAGUGUCCCGAGGAGCAGUGCAGCUGGAGCUGGGUAUAGCAGCAUCCUUAAGUCAAGCAAUACUGGCGCUUCUGGUUGUGGAACAGGAACGUGCCACAUCAACAGCAAAGUAGCUAAUGCCACAGGAGGCAUAACAGCACUUCUGUCGACCACUCACACCAAGAGGGCAUAUUAA